AUGACUGACGAAAAUGAACUUUUGGAUUAUGAAGAGGAGGAUCAGGAAGCAGUACAAGAAGCGAAGCCUAACGGCGAACUUCAAGCCAAGAAAACUGUGAAAGGUGACUACGUCACCGUUCAUAGCUCCGGGUUCCGUGAUUUCAUCCUGAAGCCGGAGGUUUUAAGGGCAAUUGUUGAUUGUGGAUUCGAGCACCCAUCUGAGGUUCAGCAUGAGUGCAUUCCCCAGGCCAUUCUAUCAAUGGAUGUCCUGUGUCAGGCAAAGUCUGGCAUGGGGAAAACGGCUGUCUUUGUCAUUGCGACACUGCAGCAGUUGGAUCCCGAGGAGGAGGGCGUGACUAGAGUGAUUGUGCUUUGUCAUACACGUGAAUUGGCGUUCCAGAUUAGCAAGGAGUACGAGCGUUUCUCCAAGUACAUGCCAAAGAUAAAGGUUGGGGUUUUCUUUGGUGGAAUGCCUCUCCGUAAGGACAUCGAGUCUCUGGCUAAGUGCUCUCCGCAUAUUGUGGUCGGCACCCCUGGGCGCAUUCUCGACCUAAUCCGCAACAAGGCACUUAAUUUGGACAACAUAAAGCACUUCAUCAUCGACGAGUGCGAUAAAAUGCUUGACACGCUAGAUAUGCGACGUGACGUCCAAGACAUCUUUCGCAUGACACCGCGCUCCAAACAAGUUAUGAUGUUUAGCGCCACAAUGAGCAAAGAAAUCCGCCCAGUUUGUCGAAACUUCAUGCAAGACCCUCUGGAGGUCUUCAUCGACAAUGACUCGAAAUUGACUCUUCAUGGACUCCGCCAGCACUAUGUUAAAGUGAAGGAAAACGAGAAGAAUCGCAAGCUGUUUGAAUUGUUGGACGAACUUCAAUUCAAUCAGGUCAUCAUUUUUGUGAAAUCAGUCCAGCGCUGCAUCGCUUUGGCCCAGCUCCUUGUCGAUCAGAACUUCCCCGCAAUCGCAAUGCACCGUGCAGUGUCUCAGGAGGAGCGUCUCAAGCGUUACCAAGCCUUCAAGAAUUUCCACAAGCGUCUUCUGGUGGCAACCAAUCUCUUCGGCCGCGGGAUGGAUAUUGAACGCGUCAAUAUCGUCUUCAAUUAUGAUAUGCCUGAAGACUCGGACACCUACCUCCACAGGGUUGCACGAGCCGGUCGUUUCGGAACAAAGGGCUUAGCCAUCACCUUCAUUUCUGAUGAACAGGACGCCAACAUUCUGAACGAUGUGCAAAACCGAUUCGAAGUAAACAUCAGCGAAUUGCCUGAUGUUAUGGAGGUUGCCAGCUACAUGGAGGACCGUUAA